AUGACUGCACCGGUACCAAGUCAUGAUACCAUUAGACUUAUUGUCUUGAGCUAUAACGGCCUUUGCCGGAGAUUCGACCUAGACGGCAACGGUCGGCUUAGCUUCGCGCACCUUGCCCGUGUUUUCCGCAUAACUAUCGAGUCGCCGGAUGACUGCGACGCAUGGACUCUGAAUGACACCUCCCUGCGCAUUGAUAAAUCUGAUCCAGGCGCUUUGCUAACCGUCAGCGCCCUUCGAGACCUAUUUCCGCUGCCGUCCGGAACAACAGAGCAUCCGUUGGUACUGCGCACGGAUGACGCCGAAGCGCCUCCCAGCAAAAAUUUGCGCCAGCCCUGCAAAAGCACAGGGACUCGAACGAGGCCUGCGCAUGGACGUCGUACACAGGCCCAAAACUUAACAAAAACGGGGGAGAUCUCUGCUCUUUACUGGUUACCUACGGGCCCCAACGGCAGACUCACGAGUUUCAACUACAUUGCAUUACAUUUCGGCCACGUCAGAGACCCACGCUUGACGUGA